GGGUUGUAGUCGUAGUACUAGACAAAGCAUUUGUCCAUGUUUGAUCCAUUGGUCGAUCGUGCAUGCCCCUAGGCUACAUAUAUGUAUGCAUACCUACAUGUACAGUACACACAUGCAUCAAGGGCCCUGUCGUUGCAACAGUUCACUCCGCCUUUAAAUGAACGGCGGCCCUCAUUUCGGAGUUUGGAGAUCAAUCCCCCUUCUCGAGUAGUUUGGCGUUCAACAGUCCUCCUCCCGUUUUGAUAUUGCUCUCUCUCACCAGUCAAGCCAAAGCCGAUCAGUGCUCGUAGCGGCCAGGUCCAUUGAACCAACCAUGAAACUGAAACUUUCUUGAUCUCUAGUACUGCUCCCUCUGUUUAUCAUUGCUUUGGCUCCAGUGCAGAUCUGAGCUGACAAGGCCCUUCCGCGCUCGCGCGUGGAGGUCAGGCGACCGAUGGAAAUGGACGGCGUCGCGGCGGUGGCGGACAGCCUGGGAGCGGCAGCGGCGCGGCCGAGCAGGUACGAGUCGCAGAAGCGGCGGGACUGGCAGACGUUCGGGCAGUACCUGCGCAACCACCGGCCGCCGCUGGAGCUGUCCCGGUGCAGCGGCGCGCACGUGCUCGAGUUCCUGCGCUACCUGGACCAGUUCGGCAAGACCAAGGUGCACGCGCCGGGGUGCCCGUUCUUCGGCCAACCCUCGCCGCCGGCGCCGUGCCGGUGCCCGCUCAGGCAGGCGUGGGGCAGCCUUGACGCUCUCGUCGGCCGCCUCCGCGCCGCCUUCGAGGAGCACGGCGGCAGGCCCGAGGCCAACCCCUUCGGCGCGCGCGCCGUCCGGCUUUUCCUCCGCGAGGUCCGCGACAGCCAGGCCAAGGCCCGCGGCAUCGCCUACGAGAAGAAGCGCCGCAAGCGCCACCCACCGGCGCACAGGCAGCCGAAGCUGGAGCAGGACCAGCACCACCACAACGCUCCCGCUGACGCCGCUGCGCCAGUCCCGCCGAUGGCCGAGAGGCGUCCGGAGGUGCCGGACCCGGCUCCGCACUUCUCGAUCCCGCACGCGCACUUCCUCCACGGCCACUUCCUGGCUCCGACCACCGAGCCAGCUGACCCCGCGUCGGGCGGCACGGGGGACGACAUGGUGCUGGCAAUGGCGGCUGCCAUCGCCGAGGCGCACGCGGCCGCGUGCAUAAUGCCGCUGUCCGUGUUCCACUAGCAAGCUUAGCUCCACUGCUUCCCUGAACGUAGCAAGAAUGCAAGAAGGCGCAAGAGUGCAGGUUUUGUUGAUGGCGAUCGAUGCUGGUCUCGUAGCGCCGUUUGAUCUUCCCGGCUUAAUUUUUGAAAUAGUACAUCAUCAACUGCUUCUGCCUUCUGGGUAUAAUUAAUCCACAUGGUUUUGUGUACGCUAAGAUGAAAUGUGAGGAUUAGAUGCCUUGUUAAUCCUCCAAGUUACUUCGGGGAUUUCGUUUAUUGUACGGUGUAAUGUUUCUGAUCCAUCCACUGAACUUUACACUAAUGUACACUUUGCAUCUUGUUGUCACGUGGUUGA